AUGGACUUCGCCGAGGAGCGUGACCGCGGAAGGAGCCAAAAUGAAGGACUAGCAUCGUUCUCUGAGUAUAGGGAGCCUGCUAGGGAGAGAUCGGAGUCAGUUAGAACGACAGGCAGGCGUAGCGCUCUGCACCCUGAGCCGACAGCGCCAGUUCAGUCAGGUAUAGCCGUUGCGCCAGUUGCGCAACUCGCGUCUAUCCAGCAACAGCAGAUGCCAUAUUUCUCCCCUCUGCCUACUCCAGGAACUCUGGGAGCGCCGUACUUUGACGGGUCUGACGCUACCCUGUUCCUGGAGAAGUUACAGGAGACAUGUCGUCGCUGUGGGCUGCGCUCAGAGACUGAGAUGCUAGAGAUCUUGCCACAGUACUGUGACCGCAUCACAAAGCUAUGGGUUAAGAGACAAAGUCUGUGGGUCGCAAAGGAUUGGGAAGGAUUUAGAGAAGAGUUCUUAGAGCGAUUCUAUGAGACCGAUGAUGAACGCCUUCGAUACACGAAGACGUAUCUCCAAUCUCUGGCCCAACAAACUCGGACAAUGAAGGACGACAUUCAGUCGUACUUGAGAGAGUUUGACGAAGUCUCGGACCGCGUUCUCCAGAAUGGAGAGAUUAGCGACAGCGAACGAGCGAACUUGUUGAUCCAGGGACUGCCCCAGGUACUGAAAGAGAAGGUAGUACGACGCCACUCACGGCGACUACUACCGAGAGGAACGCUGAUCAAGUAUUCCGAAGCCUGGGGUUCGAUCAGGCUCUGUGUCCGUGAGGAAGAAGAUCUCCAGAGAUACCUAGGCCAAGGAGGUGGUCGAGAAGGCAAAGAACGGUUAGAUGGACACCAGCAUCGUGUCACAGCUGAGAGUACACAGGGUCGAAUUCACCAUGAUCAGAGCAAAGAAAUCCGCGAUAUACGGUCGCAAAUGGAAGCUCUCACUCUGAAACUGCAGGCUAGCCAAGACCUACGAAAUGAUUACCGGUAUGAGCCUGAUAGACGUACGCCGACAAACAACCUUGGAGUGAACCCGCCAAUAAGCUGUUGGACGUGCGGAGGAGCUCAUCUUUCGAGACCAGAUAAAUGCGAGGCACUCCGUGAUAUGCAAGGACGUGGCAUCAUGCAUUAUGACCAGAUGAAUCAAAUGAUACUAGGGACUGCGGACCAACCAGGGCCGCGCCUACGUGUUACGCCUGGAAGGUUGAAUCGUGAGUAUUUCCAAGAACAGUAUGACCAGUGGAAGGGGUAUACCACGGCAACGGCACCUUCUAGCAGGGUCACUGCUAUAGCUUCGAAUAGUGCUAUCCCUAUGUCAUAUUCAGCGCCGGUUCAAUCUGUUGCGGCUACCCUCUUAGGUUCGGCGCCUGUGUGGGAAAUUCUCGACGAGGACGAUGAGGAUCUAGCUGGACCAAUAGGAAGUGUGAACGCGAUUGAAGGACGCGCCGCGAAGCGGAGACGUGAACCUGAUAUCGCAAGGACUCGCAGUAUUCACGCUGGAAGGUAUCAGCCACAAGUUGAAGAUGAUGUUAUGCAAGAUGCUCAGCCUGAGGAUUCCCAAACCCAGAGACAGGAAGAUAUAUCUCAGGAACAAGUUGUUAGAAGAAGGGGGCCCGUGGACCCUGAAGUUGCAAGAAGAAAGUCACAAUUAUCCGACAUCGUCAUGCAAAAGAUAUGGAACACGGAAGUCACCCUCACCAUUGGAGAACUUGCUGGCUCUGCCCCUAAGAUCAGGAUUGGCAUGGGGAAAGGAGUUAGCAUGGAUGUUAUCAAUCAGCGGAUCACAGACGUUCUCUCGCAAGCGCACACGCAGUCCAACUUUACAGGGGCAUCUAUGCCGGCAAAAGUCGAGAAACAGAUCAAUCAGCUUGCUAGCGAUGUAGCAGACUAUCACGCAGUCACUGGGAGCCCACUGCAAUCCAGCACCCUGGCUUCUCACGUUAACUUCCAGGAAGUGCAGCUAUCGGACUCGGCAGCCGGGCCCGUGUCCCGAGAAUACUCCAGAGACUUGUUAUUCGCCACGGUAGUGAUCGGCAAAAGAGAGGUGCGAGCAUGUAUCGAUACCGGGUCAUCUGUUAACAUUGUUCGACGAGAGAUCGCGCAGUCCGUGCAGGCAAAGAUGCGCCUGAGGCCAAGAUUGAAGCUAGUGCCUGUUGAUGGAGGAGAAUGUCUAAGUGGCAUCGCAGCAUCUGCCAAAGACCCGGAUGCCAGACAGAGCUCAUUUUCUGCACUGUCAGUAGCAGCAGGCGAGAAGCUGCUCAGGACGGUGGAUAAGAAGAAGAGAGACGUCGCUGGUGGUUGUCAAGAAGAAGUUGUCCAGAGCGGACGAGCUGAGAGCGACGUUAGUUUAGAGAGGGGUGGUAUUUCGGCCGAAAAACCGUCUCCCCAAAAACCUGAGGCACCUAACUGGGUUCCUACCCCGAACCAUAAACAUUACGCCGGCCAUGCCUCACCUACCUACCCCGACAUUGAAUAUAGGACGUCAUUUGCAAGGACUGAGACGCGCCAUGGACUGCCAAAUAAGUGGCGAAGAAGAUUACUGCCGCGACAAGGAUCGCGCUGGGCAACCUUCAGACCAGAUCUACGCGCGCUACACGCUGCACCUGUGAACACGCUAUACAAACGAAAGGCAGAUAAGGUUCAACCUGUGAGCUCGUCAGAGUCCGAUGGCUCUAUUCCUGCCGGGAACCCUGACUGGCAGAGGAUUUGCCUGGAGAAAUACCACACCCGGUACCGCGCAACUGACAUCCAAUCCGAGUUCGAUGACCUACUGCAUCCGCGAAUUGCUACGAUUGCGAGAGGUGCCCGACUGACCCCUGAGAGAGAAGCAACCAUGCUUGUGGGAAACGGAUUAUUGCCGCGAGAGAAGCUGCUGCUACGCGAACUACUGUUUAAGAGGGAGGGAGUGCUGGCUUGGAGCUGGGACCAUAUGAGCCGGAUUCGACCAGAGGUCAUGCCUGCUCAGCGUAUCAAGACCGUUCCCCAUGAAGCAUGGCAACAUCCUGGGUUCAAGAUUCCCCGCGCCCUAGGCCCUGUUAUCAUUGAGAUGUUACGCGAGAGGCUAAAGAAGGGAGUCCUCGAACACUGCGACGGACCAUACAGAAACCCCUGGUUCUUGGUCAAGAAGAAAGGUAUCGGCAAAUACCGACUGAUCAAUGCAGCAAUGCUCAUCAACAAGGUCACCAGAAGAGAUGCAAACAUGCCUCCGGACGUUGAUGAAUUUGCCGAGGAAUUUGCCGGCAUGGCGCUCUCUUCACUUGUUGACCUAUACUCAGGGUAUGACCAAAUCACGCUAGCUGAGGAAGAUAGAGAUCUCACUGCCAUUCAAACCCCGAUUGGCCUCUUGCGGCAAACUACAAUUCUACAAGGAGGCGCAAAUUCUGUUGCGCAGUUUCAACGUGUGAUAUCAUGGAUCCUUCAAUCUAUCUUUGGCAUAGUUGCUAAACCAUUUCUUGAUGAUGUUGCUAUCAAUGGCCCACGAACAAAGUACGACGGUGAAUUUGCCAGGCCAGGAAUCCGCAAGUACGUCCUGGAGCACCUUCAAAAUUUGGACAAAACGCUAUAUCUCCUAGAGCUUGCCGGAGCUGCUAUUUCAGCCGAAAAGUCACAAUUUGCUAUGUCAGGCAUUGAGGUCGUUGGGUGGGUCUGCGACUUCUCUGGCAGACACGCUGAAGAAAGCAAAGUUGCCAAGCUACUAGACUGGCCAACCCCUAUUGACAAGGAUGCACUACGAUCAUUCGUCGGACUAGCGGUCUACUUCCGUAUUCUUAUCGAAGAAUUUCAGAUCAUCAUGGAACCGCUCUACAGAUGCCUCAGGAAGAACGUCACAUUCGCAUGGAAGGAUGACCAGCAACAAGCGUUCGAUAGAGUGAAAACUGAGCUAUCCACGACUCCAACUAUCCUGCCAAUCGAUUAUACCAGCGAUCCUCUUACAGUCAUUGUCGCCGUUGAUGCUUCUGGAAAGGGGUGGGGUGCUGUGCUGAUGCAGGAAAGAAACGGUGUCCGAAAGCCGGCGAGAUAUGAGUCAGGAACGUGGUCUGAAUCACAGCUUUCCUACGAUUCGGGAAAACUGGAAUGCCGCGCAGUCCUCAUGGCACUGAAGAAGUUUCGCCACUGGCUAUACGGCAUCCACUUCAUACUAGAAACCGACGCGAAUACACUUGUGGCCCAAUUGAAUAGACCGGCUACUGAUUUGCCUGGUGCAUUGGUUACGAGGUGGAUGGCUUGGAUACGCCUGUUUGACUUUGAUGUGAAGCACGUACCUGGACGGAGAAAUAGCGCAGCAGACGGUUUAUCGAGAAGGAGUCCCACGGCUAGCGAGCUAAGCGCCCAGCGGCGCGAGGUUGACGUUGAUGACUUUAUUGACGCGGAGAUCUCUUACCUUAGGGCGAGCUGUCUACCAGCCCGAGCAGCUAUGAUAUCCGAUGACAACGCUGACGACGGAGAAGAAGACGAUUUACCUGAGCAAGAAGCAACGUUGCUAAGACCUUUAGGAGAUGGUUAUUCAGCCGAAUCACAGCAAAUUGCGCGUUUCCUUAUAACGCUACAACGGCCUCCUAAGAUGUCAAGGUCUCAGUUUUACUACUUCCGAAGGAAAUGCACAAAGUUCGUGGUCCAAGACAGUCAUUUGUUCUAUCGCUACAAAGGAAGAACAGAGAUUCUCCGAAGAGUCCUUGACAACAAAGAAGACCAGCAACGAGCCCUAGAAGGGACGCAUACUGAACUUGCCCACAAAGGACGCGAAGCCACUUACGCACUGCUCAAGCAUCGGUACUACUGGCCACGUAUGUAUGAAGAAGCGGCUUCGUAUGUUCGUACGUGUGUUGAGUGCCAGGCACGGGACCCUGUCAGACUUAGUGAGCCCGCGAAUGUCACUACUCUUCUUCGCAUGUUUGAUAGAUGGUACGUGGAUACAACUCAUAUGCCGGCAGAAGAUGGCGUCAAAAUCGUCAUUCAGGGAAGAGAGGCAGUCAGUGGAUGGGUGGAAGCCAGGACCCUGGCUAGUGCAGAUUCAGAGAGCGUUCAGUCAUUUAUCUUCGAAGAUAUCAUUUGCCGGCAUGGUUACCCGCGAGAGAUUGUUAUGGAUGAUGGUCCGGAGAACCGUGCCAAGACGCUAGCAUUUCUCAAAGACAAAGGAGUCAAAAAGGUGACAAUAUCGGCCUACCACCCUGGCUCAAACGGACCCGUGGAGCGAGCGAUGAGGACACUGAAAGAUGCUCUCUCAAAAAUGACGGGAGGUUACCCUUUUCAAAGACAUGCACCUAUCAACAGUUGGAGACCUCACUUUCAUGCCGCGUUGAUGGCGGAUAGGGUUACAGUCAAUGCCACAACAGGGCUCUCUCCAUAUUAUUUCCUAUACGGCAUUCAUGCAGUCCUACCAAUAGAGCUGGAGAUGCCCACGUGGAGCACACUGCCAUGGGAAACUGUCCGUGACCGCUCUGACCUUAUUGCCAUGCGGACAAGACAGAUCGAGCGCCGCGAGAAGGAUAUCGAAGAAGCCGUGCUACGCAUGAAUCGCCUUAAGGAGAACAAUGCAAGUUACUUCGACGAUCACCGCCGAACAAGACAAACCCCUCUGAAGAAGGAUGACUACGUGCUCUUACAUGAUAGCCAGAGGUCUACGGACAUGACAUCUGUACAGAAACUCCGCUUCAGGUGGCUCGGACCUUAUCUCAUUGACUCAGUGAAAGGGAAUGGGUCUUACUCGAUUAGGGAACUCGAUGGCACAGUGCUAAGCCAUAUCGGUGACAAAGGAGCAGAUGCUAUCAAUGGUGAUAGGCUGAAGAGGUUCUACCCUCGGGGAAUCGGGGAUCGUGAUAAUGAUGAUGGUGAUGGCACAGCUCACGGAGAAGCUAUACAGCAACCCCAUCAGCUACGUACGCGUAGGCCUGUUGGAAGACCAAGGAAGAAGAGGUAG